AUGUCAAACAACGAAAAGAUCACUACUGAUCAAUAUGGUAGAAAGAAAUGGAAUCUUGAAGCAUAUGCCGAAGAAGCUAAAUUGAAAAAGAAGCCUACUGUAUCAGAGACAAUCCCAGCACAUCAAAUUGAAGAUGAUUCAUCAUCUUUGGAAUAUAUUAAACAAAGAAACAAACUAUUAGACCAACUGAUAAAAGCAGUUAAGAAAUAUAACCUUAUAACUCCAGAAUUAUCAACAACUACAACUACAUAUGGGAAGAAUAAAAGAUUUGGAUUCUUUUGUCCUAUAUGUGAUGUAUCAUUUCGAGAUAAUUUAUUAUUGAUUGAUCAUUUGAAUUCUCCACAACAUAUUAGUAAACUAAAUCAGGUGAAUUCCAGUAAAGGCGAUACCGCACAGAAUCAAGAAUUAUUAGAAGGUGGUAUACGAAGAGCAAGUUUACAAGAAGUGGUGUCUACAAUGGAAAGGUUGGUUGCUAAAAGCAUACGUGAAAAGAAUAGCCUUGAAAAUGAUCAAUCGGGAUUAUCAUUCCAAGAACGAGUUGAAAAAAGAAGACAAUUUGAAGAGAAGAAGAAACAGAAACGAAAUAAUAGAAAGAAUGUCCAAAAGCAAAGAAAGAAACAAAAGUUGGAACAUGAUUCGUCUUCAGCAAAUGAUGAUAUUAACAAACUUAUGGGGUUUGGUAGUUUUGGAACCACUAAGAGUUAA